AUGUCAAACGCCGUGAACACCGAAUAUGCCCCUCCAGCAAAUGUAGAUCAACUGGAGCAGGCAGAGCAAAAGAUAGAAAAACACGGACACGAUGUGGACGAAGCCAUGAAGGCCUUCGAGGCCCUCCAAGGAGAAACGAUCGAGCUCGAUGAAGCGACAAACCGCCGCCUACUGCGUACAGUUGACUGGCAUAUCAUGCCCAUCAUGUGCUUCGUCUACGGCAUGAAUUAUCUCGACAAGACGGCCCUGUCUUACGCGAGUGUUAUGGGCCUUGAAGAGGACUUGAGUCUCCACGGAAACCAGUAUCAAUGGCUAGGAAGCUUGUUCUAUAUUGGCUAUCUCGCAUGGGAGUAUCCAACAAGCCGCCUGCUGCAGUGGCUGCCAUUAGGCAAAUACUCGGCCGCCUGCAUCAUGAUCUGGGGCCUGGUUCUCGCAUGCUUCGCGGCCGUGGUGAACUACCCUGGCGCAGUUGCCAUUCGUCUUUUUCUGGGGAUAUUCGAGGCGGCUGUUACACCAGGCUUUACGCUAUUGACUUCUCAGUGGUACACAAAAUACGAGCAAUACAGCCGCGUGAACAUCUGGUUCAGUUUCAACGGAGUCGGCCAGAUAGUCGGAGGCCUAGUUGCGUAUGGAAUCGCAGCAGGCAGCGAGAAGAACGGAUCGGCCAUCGCGCCAUGGAAAGUCCUGUUCCUGGUCACCGGUGUACUAACAAUCAUCCUAGGUCUGGUGUUUCUGUUUAUCGUGCCCGAUAGCCAGUUAAACGCCUGGUGGUUGAAAAAAGAGGACCGGGCUCUGGCUGUCGCCCGCGUGCGCGUUAACCAACAGGGCAUCGGCAACAAGCACUUCAAACUAUAUCAGGUCAAGGAGGCGCUCCUAGAUCCGAUGACUUGGGCUUUCUUUCUCUACGCCCUUAUAUCGGAUAUCCCUAAUGGCGGCCUGACCAAUUUCUUCAGCCAGCUUAUCCGGAACUUCGGCUUCACCUCCCAGCAAAGCCUCCUCUACGGCGUCCCCGGCGGCGCAGUGGAAGUCAUAUCGCUCCUGGCAAGCGGCUACGUCGGACACAUCACCCGCGAGUGUCUCAUGAGCAGUCUCGGCGGCCAGGUUGCAGCGAUCGUGGGAAUGGUUCUGAUCGUUGCACUGCCCUUGUCAGACAAUACCGGCCGGCUGAUCGGGUACUACAUGACGCAGGCGAACGCCACGGGGUUUGUGGCGCUGCUGUUCCUGAUUUCGUCCAAUGUGGCCGGGUACACGAAGAAAACAACUGUUGCGGCGCUGUACUUGAUUGGAUAUUGUACUGGAAAUAUCAUCGGCCCUCAGAUAUUCCUCCCCAAAGACGCACCGCGCUACGUUCCUGCCGAGAUCACGAUUAUCGUUUGCUGGGCCGUAUGCUGUUUGAUCCUUGUAGCUAUACGGUUCUGGUACCGCAGGGAGAAUAAGCGCAAGGCGGUGCUUCGUGCGGAUCCUGGCUAUGUGAGGCUGGAGAAUCAAGAGUGGCUUGAUCUGACAGACCGGGAGAACCUCGAUUUUGUUUACUCUCUGUGA